AUGACAAUUUUGACGCCCUCACCCAGCCCUCACCCAGCCCUCACCCAGCCCUCACCCAGCCCUCACCCAGCCCUCACCCAGCCCUCACCCAGCCCUCACCCAGCCCUCACCCAGCCCUCACCCAGCCCUCACCCAGCCCUCACCCAGCCCUCACCCAGCCCUCACCCAGCCCUCACCCAGCCCUCACCCAGCCCUCACCCAGCCCUCACCCAGCCCUCACCCAGCCCUCACCCAGCCCUCACCCAGCCCUCACCCAGCCCUCACCCAGCCCUCACCCAGCCCUCACCCAGCCCUCACCCAGCCCUCACCCAGCCCUCACCCAGCCCUCACCCAGCCCUCACCCAGCCCUCACCCAGCCCUCACCCAGCCCUCACCCAGCCCUCACCCAGCCCUCACCCAGCCCUCACCCAGCCCUCACCCAGCCCUCACCCAGCCCUCACCCAGCCCUCAGACCACCUUAUGCCUCAUCCAUUGUUCUAA